AUGGCUAUGAAUUGGCAAAGUCUUCCUGGUGGUGUUACCCAAAUUUCCAUUGGUCGUGGAAAUAACGCUUGGGGUGUCGAUCUGCAAUACACUUCUGAAGGUUGGAAAGGUAUGGGCGCUGGGGAUGUAGCCAAUGUUGGAGUUGGUAUCGAUGGGACAGUUUGGUACGACGAAGUCUUUACUCGCGUUGAUGAUAAAUGUACUUUCAAUACUAAUUUUCUUCAAUUUAAAAGGAUGAAAGCCGAUGGUAAAUUAGUCCAAAUAUCAGGUAUUUAUAAUUAUUAUGCUAAAAUUCUCAUUUUUCUUAGUGUUAAUAUUUAUCUAUCUAUUUCUUUAGUUGGAGACAAGAAUCAUGUUUGGGGUGUCAAUCGUGAGAAUCAGAUUUUUUACCGUAAUGGUGGAAUUGAUGGCUCUUGGGUUAAUGCUGCUGAUGGAACAGCAUGGGGCGUUAAUAGUAAUGAUGAGAUUUUUAGAUGGAACGGAGCUGCUUGGGAACAAAUCCGUGAUGAUAAAGAUACUAAACUUAAACAGGUUGACACUAGUAACGCUUCAUAUAUUGUUGGCACAAACGCCUCUAACGAAAAUUUUCAAUAUACUCGAGGAAAAUGGUUCAAGUAUGAUGGCUCUCUUAAAUAUGUCUCAAUUAGUAUCGAUGGUAUUUUGUGGGGUGUCAGCAGUGAGAACCAGGUUUUUACCCGUCAAGAUGGUGGAUUUGAUGGUCCUGCUUUUAAAUGA